UUUUUAAUUUGAACAAACCACCAAUACCCAAUGGUGAGGUUGGCCUGUAAUUAAAAUUUUCAAAGACUAUGUAAUAUCCCUUACAAUUAAAGCAAACCUAACUGGUGUGAUAUGUGAAAUUGAUCCGGUACGAGUUACUGAUAUAAAAUAUGUUGGUACAUUUGUACGAGCAAUUUUUUUGUGUGUUCAAAGUACAACAAAGAUCAAGAAGCUUUCACUUCAUAUAUGGAGGGACUGGAAAUGCCUUGUGCAGAAGCACUUUUAGAUCUUUUACAACUUUGUAAGUUCUCAUAACUCUGCUUUGACUUAUUUGUAAAUGUUUUUCUUUGGUGGGUUUUUCGUUUAUGGUUUGGUUAAUGUAUGCUUUGACUAAAUAAGUGCUUUUCCAGGUGGGUUUUGUUUUAGGAUGCAUUUUGGUGCUCCCUCAACUGAGUUGGUAAACGAUGUUGAUUCGAGAACUAAGACCGUGAAAGUCAAGAAACCGAAACCUUCUAUAGGUGCCUCUAAUCGAAUUCGUUCUAAGCUUUUCAGGAAAAAGCAAAGAAAAAGAUCUUGCAGUUCUGGGAAAGUAAAGGGACCAAUCAUCCCGGAAACCAAACGGGAGAAGAAGAAUCCUUAUAUCAUAAUGGAUGGAACAAAUAUUGAUUUCUCAGAAGUGCCUUCCCCUAUUUGUUCUUGUACAGGUAUUGCUAGAGUGUGCUACAGAUGUGGUGCUGGUGGUUGGCAAUCCUCAUGUUGCACCCUCCGCAUAUCAGAAUAUCCUCUACCCACGAGCUCCACCAGGCCUGGGGCUCGCGUUGCUGGGAGGAAAAUGAGCAAUGGAGCAUAUAUGAAACUUCUUAUGAGGCUUGCAGCUGCAGGUCAUGAUCUUUCUGCUUCGGUCGACUUGAAGGAUCAUUGGGCAAGACAUGGCACCAACAACUUUGUUACAAUCAAAUAGAAACAUUUUGACUAAGCAGUUU